GUUGAGACAAAUCUACAGAUCAGUUAAAAUAAAAGCCUCAAACCAAUUUGGUUUCAGUAUUAGUUUUCAACUUUCCCCAGUAAUUUAACUUUCUUUUUCACUUUGUUAAUUUAAUAAUAAACCAUUCUCAUCUCAAUUGUAAACAUGAAAGUUUCAAGUUUAUCAAUCACUUUACUCAGUGUUUUCAGUGUCGUUACCACUUCAACCGAUGUAAAAGAACCAAAUAGAUAUUUAAAUGAGUUUGUUCAAUUGGUUGGUGAUCAUGUGGAACAGUUAGAAAGAAAUAUUCCAGGUUGGAGUGUUAAUGGUACAAUUGAACAAAAUGUUGUCCAGUUUGUUGAAAAAGCUUUCACUUUCGGACCUUUUUCAGGGCUGGAUCCAUAUGAAAAUUUAAGGACAAGUAUUGUAAACAAUGUUGUUAGUUUGUUGAAAUCAGAGCUUCCAGGUUUUGAUGAAACAAAGUCAGUUGGUCAAAAUGUUGCCAAUUUGACCAAUGAUUUAUUUGCUAAAUUGCCGUUUCCAUAUUUCCUCAAAAACAGAGUGAAAGAAAUGUUGAUUGAAUCGGUUAACAAUGGUCUUUCGGAUAUCAAAGAUUCAGGGCUUGGUGCUUCAAAGAGGGUUGAUUCAGAUCUACAAAACAUUGUUAAUAAUUAUCUGGACAGACUUGGAGGUGAGCAUUCAUAG